UUGACGCAGACGGCGAGCGAGUCGGCGUACGUCGAAGUAGGCGAUGACGACGCGAGCGAAGGAGAGAAUUCGACGUUUGAGGUUUGGACGUCGUUAGAGAGCGCGCCGGCGAGCGCGGUGUGCGAUGGGUGUAAGUUGACGGUUCGCGGCGUGCACGCGGAUGCGAUGACGUCGGCUAGGACGACGCCGCAGUCAUCCUGGAAGGCGUUGGACGAGAGUUUAAGGGAGGAUAUCGUGCGGUUGGUGUGGCGUGAGACGACGUGCGCGCGCUUUUUGAACGUGACGGCGCUAAGGCGCGAAAAAACGAGUCAUAGAUUGGUCGACGUUCGCGCCGAUACGCGCGAUUCGGAAAUUACAAAUCCGGGAGAGGCGAGAUUGAAACCCGAAGACAAUGUAGACGCAUUCGCAAUACGUGUCUUGUCGAACAUAUGCACGCUGUUGAGAGAAGACGCGCAAGCGAACGAUUGGUUGACGAGCGCGCUCGCGGCGAUCGACGACGUGAGGCCGAUGACGGAUGCGCAAGCUCGACGCGUGUGCGAUAAAAUUACCGACGACGUCGAAUGCGCGGCGGCGCAUGACGAGUUGUAG